AUGGUGGUGCUGGCGCAUCACCGGCCAACCUUGCAACGACAUCACCAGCCUGUUACCCAAGGACGUACCGGCGUUCCUUCGGAUAGGCGAACUAUAUUCAUUGAGACGGAUACUACUCCCAAUGCCGAUGCUCUCAAGUUCCGGCCUAACCACCCUGUCCUUCCUGAAGGCUUUCCGGUUUCCUUCCUUGAAUACCUAACUCCACGAUCUACCCUACAACCACCAUAUCCAUCUCCUCUAGCGGCAAAGCUUCUCAACGUUGACGGUGCUGUAUCGGUGUUUUUCGGCUCGGACUUUAUCACGGUAACUAAGGAUAGUGAUGCUAAUUGGGCCCAUAUCAAACCGGAGAUCUUCAGCCUGAUUACCGAAGCAAUUACUAGAGGUGAGGCACUGGUAAACGUUGUUGAUGUCAGACAAGGUAAGGAGGGAGCGGAGGGCGCGGGAGCGGAAGAAGCUGUACGAUAUAACGAAGAGGACGAGGAAGUUGUUGGGAUGAUUCAAGAAUUACUCGAGACAAGAAUCAGGCCCGCUAUCCAGGAAGACGGUGGAGAUAUAGAAUUCCGCGGAUUUGAAAACGGGAAUGUCCUGCUAAAGCUUCGUGGAGCUUGCAGAACCUGCGAUUCGAGUACCGUGACAUUGAAGAAUGGUAUUGAGUCUAUGCUCAUGCAUUAUAUUGAAGAAGUAAAGUCCGUCACACAGGUACUUGAUCCGGAGGAAGAGAUUGCCGCACAUGAGUUCGCACAGUUCGAAGCCAAGCUGAAACAACAGAAAGGCCCGACUUCGUCGCAGGGAUAG